CCGCAGAUUUAUAAUUCAAGUCCUAUUGUAUCGGUUCAAAAUAUUUUUAUAGAAAUUUUUUCAUGACAAAUAUGAAAUGCAGAUAAAAAAAGGUGAUUGUUUGAUAAGUUCCAAACCUUUUGCGUACGUUUUAAGUUCAAAACACAAAGAUAAUCGUUGUGAUCACUGUUUCAGAAGUGGGAAACUUUUGAAAUGCUCUGGUUGUCAUUACGUUUAUUACUGCGACCGCAAUUGCCAAAAAGAAUCUUGGAAGAUUCACAAGGCGGAGUGCGCAAAUUUGAAAAGAAUACUGCCACGAAUUGUGCCAGACGCUGCUCGUUUGCUGGCCAGAAUAAUCAUCAAGCUUCAACAAGGCGGAGGAGAAGAGAAAGAGUACUAUUCAAAAAACUCGUACAGGAGAUUCAAGGACUUGAUGUCGCAUUACACGAGUUUAAAAAACGAUCAAAAGCGUAUGGAGCACUUUGUCUCACUUUGCCAAAUUUUAGAGGAAUUUAUGGGUAGCUCUCAGCUACCAAACUCAGCAGAGAUAUUAGGCUUGUAUGGAAGAAUUUGCGUCAAUUCGUACAACAUAUUAGAUUCCGAUAUGAACAGCAUUGGUGUUGGCAUUUAUUUAGGACCCUCUGUAAUAGAUCACAGUUGUAAGCCAAAUGCUAUUGCUGUGUUUGAAGGAACAACAAUAAUUAUUAGAGCCCUGGAGGAUAUUCCACGCUUGGAUUGGUCACAAAUACAUAUAUCAUACAUCGAUGUACUAAAUACAACUACUACUAGGCGUGCAGAACUGGAAAGCACGUAUUAUUUUGUGUGCAAUUGUGAGAGAUGCAAAGAAUCAGAAACAUUUGCAACAGCUGCAACUUGCUCAUCAUGUCCAAGCCAAUGUGAUAUUAAAGAAGAUUCUUGUUUGAAUUGUGGUCAAAAGAUUUCAACAUCUUUUAAAGAAAAGUUCAAAGAAAUUAGUGAAUUUACUGCAAGUCACCUUGAAAAUAUGAAAAAUGUAGCCUAUUUGGAUAUUAGCAAAAUAUGCCUGAGUAAACAAAAAGGAGUUUUUCACCCUUUAAACAUUCAGUACAUACGAACUAUGGAAUCUGCAUUUGAUGCUGCUGUUAAUUUAGGAUAUUGGGAAGAUGCUCAAAGUUUUGGAAUUGAUUUACUGCCAGGCUAUUUGCACUAUUAUGGAGAGUUUCAUCCUCUCACAGGAAUAUUGUACUUAAUGUUAGGGAAAAUACAGCUGCAUUUGGAAAAGGCAAAGCCAGCUUUAGAGAUGCUAAAUAAAGCUGAAAAAAUUAUCAAAAUCACCCAUGGAGACAAUCAUUCUUUGUUCAGGGAUAACUUAAGACCGCUACUUUGCCAAGCCAUGAUGGAGAGUCAGCAUUGA